ACCGAAUAAAGCCCAGCCACCAAUAGCAGCCUUCCCUUGAGAGAAAUCGGUAAGAAGCUUGGAUUUUUCUCUUCUUUUCUUGUUCAAGAACAAGAUUGGAGCCUUGAAAUCUUCCCCCUGCAGGAAAGCAUCCGGAUCUGCUCUGUCCGGUUGCUGCUCUUGCCGGUUGUGGGUGCAAAUUCCUUUGAAUUUUCGAUAAGCAACAACCAUUAAUUCCUUUGUUCUUGCUUGAAUUGCCUUGGGUUUACCUUAAUUGCUCUCGGUUCCUUCAAUUUUUGCAAACCCUGUGAAUUGCCCCUGCAGAUUCCCGCCGGCUGCUCCCCCCUGCUAGGCUCAGUUCUGCAGCUGCUAAAUUCUGCGGGAGCACUGUUCACGAGUACUGUUCACAAGCACUGUUCACGAGUACUGUUCAUGCACUAAUGGCCAAUGAUAGGAAGGUUUAAAUGUUUAGUUUGUAAUAUAAGAAUAAUUUGGAGAUGUCUGGUAAUGUGGAGAUUGAUAGGAACAGCAUCGUGAUUAAGGGGUAGUCGUGGUGAUUUUACUUUUGAAUCUGUGGUACGAUAAUUAAUUCUUGGAUAUUUUGAUUAGGUUUCUGAUCGUUUUGUCAGUUUAGCACUGAGAUCGAGUCUUCGGUUUUAUGCAAGUGAGGUAAGUAAAUUUAUGGUAAUGCCCGUACAGUUUUUAAAAGCAUGUUUUGACUUGUUUUUGAAGUGGUGGCGGGACUAAACCCGUUUUACACAAGCAUGACUGAUUUGAAGUGAAAUUUUUAUGCUUUUCAUUAAAUUGAGCAUGCCUACUUGAAAUUUAAUUGAUUGUUCUGAUGAUUUGAAAGUGAUUAGUGAAUUAAGAUUUUUCUGUUAACUUCUGCCUGUUUUGUCUCCGAUGUGGUUAUGUUAUUAAUAAUCCUGCUAGUGGGGGUUAAACGCUAGCACAUGUCGACAUGUUAGUGAUAGAACCGGUUCGUUCAAGUGUAGCCUGCCAGUGGGAGGAAGCGAAGUCAAGGACGGGGAAAAACAAGGGGAGUCACGAUUUUGAGCCUUGUGCAUUUGUGGGACCCUCUCACGAGUGCACGGCAUCUGUCGCGCCUCGAAUUUGGGUUCUGGGGCGUGACAACACUAGUGCUGGUGAGAGUUUGGUCGUAGAUACUCCCUCAAUUGAGUAUUGGGAAACUGUAUUUGAAGAAAAGCAAGAGAGGCUAAAGCAUCAAAAGGAAGACAUUGAAGCAAAUUUGAAGAAUCAGCGUAUGCAACCUGGAAAGAUUGCAAGGAAGGAAGUUGAAGAGUGGCUAGAGAAAGUAGGCCAACAGAUUGGCAUAAAGGUUGAAGGUCUGAUCAACCAAGGGGAAUGUUCCUCAUCAACCAACCUCAAUAAAAACAUUGAAGAAUUGAAGCAAACACUUGAGCAAGGAAAAGAAUUUACUAAUACUGGUGUGAGUUUGGUCAUAGAUGAUCACUCAAUCAAAGGAGUUCCACUACUUGUUGAAGAAUGCAGGGGCAGGGAUGAUAUACAAGAUCAAAUUCUAGAAUGGUUGAAGGGAGAUGAAGUUACAAGAAUUGUAGUUUCGGGAAUGGGCGGUGUGGGCAAGACAACAAUUAUGAAGCAAGUCCACAACCUACUCUUGAAAGAACCCCAAUUUAACAAAGUUAUUUGGGUAAAAGUGGCAAGAGACUUUGACAUUAUUGUCCAGCAAAAAAAGAAGUUGGAUAUUCUUAAGUUUCAGAAAAGGAUUGCAAGUAGCUUGGAAUUAAAAUUGGAGCCCGAGGAUCAUGAGAAUGAAAUCAAGCUUGCAGGAUUGAUUUCACAAAAGUUGAGGCAAGACAACUCUGUGCUAAUUCUAGAUGAUGUGUGGCAGCAAUUUUGUCUAGAAGAUGUUGAAAUUCCUAUUCUAGAUGGAAAUAAUGGUUGCAAGUUAGUACUCACGACGCAGUUACAACAAGAUGUUGCUCGUGCGAUGGAGUGUGAGGUGAUCUCCGUGAAUCCUCUUCCACCUGAAAAAGCAUUAGCAUUAUUCUUGGAGAAAGUUGGAAGUGCAGUGUUGUCAAGUGGCAGAAUUAAAGGAGAUAUAGAUCCGUUUUUGAAGCAAAUUUUGCAAAAAUGUGACGGAGUACCCCUUGCAGUUGUGACAGUAGCCAAAACUAUGAGAGGAAAAUUGGAUCCUCGUUCAUGGAAGGAGGAGUCAAUUGAGUGUUGGAUUGACGAGGGGUUUAUAUAUAAAGAAGGGGAAACUAGGGACACAAUGAAUUGUGAGGGUCAUGUUAUGCUUGAGAAGCUGGUUGACAACUGCUUGUUGGAAUCAAUUAAAAAUAGAAGAGUAGACUGCAUGAGUAUGCAUGAUCUUUUUCGAGAAAUGUCGUUGGAUAUUAGGCCUCAAUUUUUGGUUAAAGCUGGCAUUGCCUUGGAAAAGCUACCAAAGGAGCAUGAAUGGAGAGAAGAUCUUUUGAAGGUUUCUUUAAUGAGUAAUUACAUUACAGAAAUUCCUUCAAGCAUGCCGCCUCCGAAAUGUCCUAUGCUUACAACCUUGCUAUUGUCCAAUAACAGGAUUUCAACAAUUUCAAAAGCUUUUUUUGAGCAUAUGCUUGGGCUCAAGAUACUUGAUCUUUCCAACAAUCAUAAGCUAACUAGGCUGCUGAGUUCUGUGUCCAAAUUGGAGAAUUUGACUACAUUAUUGCUGAGGGGGACAUCAGUUGAAGAACUACCCCAAGGCCUCAACAUGUUAAAAAAUCUAAAAUAUCUUGGUCUUGGUGGAAGAUUAUCUGAAACACUUGAUGAACUGCUGCAAAAUCUCUCCAAACUUCAACAUUUACUAGUAAUUGCUGAUCCCGAAGCCGAAAUAGAAUAUAAAUGGGAGACGAUUGGAAUUUGGGGGAAGCUUCAAAACCUUGAGAAGCUGGAUCUUGGUUAUUUAGAUAACUUGAAUAUGGUGUUUGGGGAAGUAGGAGCAAUUGCUGAGUCAACACCGCUACCAGCUGGCACAUUUUCCUUUCUUCAACAUAUUAAUGUUUGGAGAUGCGAUAAAAUAAAGAAGUUAUUCUUGGUAAGGUGGUUGGGAUAUCUCCAGAAAUUACAAACUAUUGAGGUUAUUAAUUGUGAGCAACUAGAGGAGAUAAUAGGGUCUGAAUCUGAAGAAGGAGAAAAAGUCACUCUACCCAAGUUAGAAAGGUUGGAAUUUACCGGAUUGCCCCAAUUGAAGACCAUCUAUAGCGGUUCCUCUCUUCAACAUAUUAAUGUUUGGAGAUGUGGGUUUAACUCACUUUCAAAUCUUGAAUAUCUACACCUUCGCUAUUUAUGGAAUCUGAAAUGCGUGUUUGAUGAAGAAGUUCUUGGUAUAUCACCACUUGUGCCUCCCACAAGCUUUUUAUCUUUUAAAGAAAUUAGGGUUGAAUUCUGUGAUCAAUUAAAGAAGGUAUUCUCAUCUGGAUGGCUGCUCCGUUACUUCCAAUCUCUAGAGACUAUUGACAUUAAGGAAUGUUUGCAAAUGGAGGAGCUGAUAUCGUCAUCAGCACAUGAAGAAGAAAAAGUCACUCUACCCAAGUUACAAAGCUUGCAAUUGUUCAAAUUGCCCGCGUUGAAGAGCAUCUGCAAUCGCUCCAGUGUGUUGAUUUGUGAUUCCAUCCAGAGUUUGAAGAUUGCCUGGUGCAAGAAACUAAAGAGGAUUCCUUUGAUUUUUCCCUUGCUUGAUAAAGCCCAAUCAUCUCAUCCUCCUUCCCUCAAAGAAAUUGUGGUAUCCCCCAAAAAAUGGUGGGAAUCAUUGGAAUGGGACCAUUCCAAUGCAAAAGACAUCCUUUUACCCUUGUGUAAAUUUGAGUUGUGGUAGGGCGCACCGCAAAUUUAAGCCUUUUAAUUUUCAAUUUUCCAUUUUUGAUUCAACUCAGUAAGAGUUUUCCAUUCUUAAUAAAUAUCUCUCUCUGUCAUCUAUUAUUUUCUCCCCCAUUGGCAGCAAUUGAGAUUCGGCUCUGCAACCACAAGAAAGUUGGAGGAAAUCACAUAUGCACUAGUUGUUGUUGCUAUUGGGUUUUCAAUUUAAUAUAAUCUUUGUUUUUCUUUUGCUGUGUGUGUGUUGUGUGUUUAAGUAUGUCCAAUUCUAAGUGGAAAACUGGAAAUGUUUGUUUCUUUAUUAUCUGUGAAAUGUUGUUUUUGAAAUUGUGUGAAAAAAAAUACUUGAAACUGUAUUUGCUUUUCUUGUGUAAUAUGUAUUUCAGUUGAUUGCAUUUGCACCUCUUCUCCAUUUUUAUUCAACAACAUCAUCAUCAUCAACAACAUUAUCUUCUCAGAACCGCCAAAAAAGGACUAACAUUCAGCUCAGAAUACACUUCUCUUCUUUUCUUUUGCCUUAUUUAGGUCAGAGUACACUUCUCUUCUUUUCUUUUGCCUUUUUUAAUUAAUUAAUUUAUUUUGU